CCACUCAGGUUGAUUAUUGUAAACAAUCAAUAAAAUGUGGCACCCUAACAACAUUUGUGAGUUAACUCGGCCCAUUUUCCUAAUUUGGAAAUACACAGGAUUGCCAAAUUUUUCACUGAAAUACCCGUCCAUUUGUGACAAGAGUAAAACAUGGAUUGGUGGUUUAUCAGUACUUGUGCUUGCCUCCGGGUCUGGUUAUUUCAUGGCAGAGAGAAUAUCAGUUGAUUACACGAACUUUUUGGUGGCCUUGCAGGCCGGAAUGUUGGGAGUCCAGAACGUACUAACAGUUAGCACAUUGUUCAAAAAACGCAAACAAAUUGGAAAAAUAAUACUAGACGUUGCCAAAAUCGAAAAAACGAUUUCUAACUUGACCAGAACUCAAACAAGUUACCAAAAUGAGGCGCAAAUUUUGAUCAAAUUUAUGGUUUUGAGGUAUAGUUGUGCCCUUGUGGCCAUGAUUUUUGACAUAAUCAGUGAACCGAUUUACAAAAUGAACGUUGCCUAUUAUCACGUCUGUUGGAAUUAUCAAUUUCCAAUCGAUUUGAUAUUUUUGAUAAUUUUUCUGGUCAUUAGACGUUCCUAUAUGUUGUUGCAAAACUAUGUUAAGGUUACUGAUCCAUUGCAAGUGCAGGCAAAUUUUCCUGAAAUGAAAAAAAUCGCACGAAAGUUAGAUAAAGUUAUAAUAAGUGUGAGAGAAGCGUUUCAAGGAGUUAUUCUAGUUAAAAUCGUAGUGGAAUGUUUGUCUUGCACGAUAGGGCUGUAUUAUACAAUUUUGACGGUUGUACAGAAGGAGUUUGCACUCACAACUACAGCAAUUUUUUAUUUAAUAGUUCAAGCGAUCGCUAAUUUUUCAGCGAUUGUGUUUUUUCAAGCUGCAGUAAGACAAAAAGAAUUAUUUAUUGAUGAAGUUGAUAAGUUGCUCUCUCUUCUACCGCAACGAAUUCUGAGAUAUAAACAGAGGGUUUUGUAUGGCAUUAACUGUGACAUAAAUAGGUUGACAUUCAAUGUUUGUGGAUGUUUUCAGCUAGAAUAUCCUACAAUUUAUUCGAUGUCUCUCGUCGUCAGAAACAACAAUUUAAGUAGCAGAGAGUGGCUUGGGGUCACUGACGAAACCACGGUCCUCUCCUUGCCUCUGGAGACGAGUGAAAGUAGUCCCUGGGGCGGAAGUUUUGUUCCUCCACCUCCUCGACCGUUAUUCCUCGAUGAAGGUGUCACUCCAGAUGGGCUGACAACGUGUGAUUUGUGUUCGUGGGCUUGGCAAAAGGAGAAUUCCUACAUUUCUGAUCCUAAACUUGAAGCUUCAAACGAGCUCGGAUGGGUCCUAACUCUAGUUAUAGUUUCCUUAGUCUCGGCAGUCCUGGGUGCAAUAAUAAUGAUCGUGGUACUCCACUGCAAGCGGUUGAAGAACCCCAACAGUAACGUAACCCCCCAAGUGCCUCCACCCCGCGUCUCCGACGCCAAAUCCCCCAACCUGGAGCCCCCGAACUUCGCCCCCAACACCAACAUGACCGGCGUGUGGUCCUGGCUGUCGCGACGUUCCACAGGGGCGCCCUCCCAGCUGGAGAACCCCGCGCUCUCCUUCGUCGAAAACCACUACACGCACAUGGAGGACCCCUACAACAGCGUGGACGACGCUCUCUAUGCCGAACUGGAAAUUGAAAGUACGGGGAAUACCGGAAGCACAGCGUACAAUAAUUCUGCGUACGCUGAUCCUGAUGCGCCCUCGUCUAGCGCCCCAAGCAGCGCCUACUACUCGGAUUUGUCCGUGAAUACGCCAGUUCCUGAGCGAGCUUACGAAGUGGUGGGUUUGGCAACGAUGCCGGUGUGGGAUGCGUGUUCGAAUGACGGGAGGAAGGCGCCAAGGCUUGCGGUUAUCAGUGAAGCGGUGACUGUUCCUUCGGAUUAUGUGUGAUAAGAAGUGCAAAUGACGUGCUAUGUGCUAUGAUAAUUUGUUAAAUUAAACAUUUUAAACUUAUAUAUUUUAAAUAAAAACGCAAAGAUUUGAA